GCAGUAACACAAACAACCCUGAAUGUGUCCUGGGCUGCCUGAAGUCACAGAUCUGUUCAUGGAUAGCGUGUUGCUUUGUACUGUGCUGUUGGCAGGCUUUGGCGGGUGCUUGGUCCUCAUGGGUGUUUCUGUGCUCCUCAUUCUGGAAACAGGCCUUCUGUGAAUUAAUGAAGUAACAGAUUCUCCGGCUGAGGGGGCAAGUUGUCUCUGGGAAGGUUGUCUUUCUAUCAUUUCAGCCUCUGGCUAUGAAAGCCGGAAGGGUGGCCGUGAUGUACAGUGAGCACGCCUGCACCCAGUCUGGACUCUCCCACUAACACUGGGCUCUCCAGCUCUGCCCACUGGUCCAGCAUUGCGUGGGUGCAUUUCAGACCUCAGCUUCACUCGGAAUCCUUCAGCAAGCAUAUCAUUACCUGAGGUCAACUUGGUUCAGGUUCUUUUUUGUGGUUUUUCCUUUGAGGUAGAACUUAGGGGCUGUGUUGGUGGGCUGGAGUAGGGAUUGGCCUGGAAGUGACAGAGACAACAUGAAAUGCAUGGUCUGCAGGGCAUUAAUCAAUCAAUCAAUCAAUCAGUUAGUCAAUCAGUUAAUCAGGUGCAUACACUUGUACAGGGGGCUUCCCAUCACUCUAGAAAGUUCCCUCGUCCAGGCUGUCCCCUAUCCUACCUGCCUGAGUCUCCUUGAAUAACUUGUUUUCCUAACAUGUUUAGAGUUACCUGUUAGAAUUUUAUGUAAUAGUGUAUAAAAUACAUUUACAUAUAGUAUGCACAUAGUAUGCCUUUUUGCCUAAAGCUUUUUCAAUUAACACAAUGUUUUUGAGAUUUAAACACGUUUUGGCCUAUGUAGGCUGCUUGUUCCUCUGUACCUCUGAGUAAUUGCAUCAAAUGAAUCCACAAAGUCUCUUGACUCAUUCACCUGUUGAUAGGCCUUGGGCUGUUUGCAGCUUUUGACUAUUUUGAAUAAAGUUGCUAUGAACCAUUGCUGUAGCUCUUUUUGUGGAUGUUUACAUCCCUAUGAAUGGAAUUGCUGGGUUGUGGAGUAGAUGUAUGUUUAGUCUUAUAAAGUGUGUUGUGUCUACCAGUCACACAUAGAAGUUGGAGCUAGUUUUUCUAUUUUCUAAACCACUUAAAUCAGAAUGUAGUCUUUCUGCUUGGGUGGUGCAGUGGCGUGGGAGAGUGUGGGCAUGCUCCCUUCCUCUUUGGUCUUCUGCUAACAAGAUGGAUACACGGUCUGUAGGUCCUCUGCCAGAGGUAGGCUAUGGAGUUACCUGCUCUGGAAAAUGUAACCAUGCUGUCUUUAUAUAGAGGGUCUCUCUCUCUUCUCUCAUUUUUCCUGGUUUUCAGAAUGAUUUUUGAUUCCUGUUCCCCCACCUCCGCCUCUCCUUUCUCCUGCUGCCUCUUCCCUGCAAAAUCCCUGCUUUUCUUUCCCAUGAAGACCCACACAAAUAAGUCAAAGAGUGAGGGUCCCCUGACCUUUGGUUCCUGUGUGAUCUUGGUUCGAGUUAAUAUCUGUGUCCACCUUUUUUUUGGAGCUUGCUGAUGACCAUGUGGUAACACAUGCUUUCCUAGUUUGCUUCAGAGGCAGGAGGACACUGGGUAAGUAGAUGCUCUGGGUGGUGUUGCCAGAGCAGCUCCACUAUGAGCUGGGUCAGGGACCCAGUCACCGCCUUGACCUUGAUGCCCCUGGCCUCUCUAGGCUGUUAACUUUCAGAGGCAUGUUUUAUAGGGCUUCUAGACAGGCCUUGAGUGGAUUCCAUUUUACUCUUUUAUAACCUUCCUCUUUCUAGAAAGUACUUAGGAGACUAAAAGAAAAAUGAUGCUAUGAGGGGAUAAGAUGGGGGAGAGAGGACCAGAGUUGACUUUAAAAAAUGCAAAUAAAACAACUGCAAAUUUCAAGACAGUGCUGUCAACAAAACUCUCUUAAGCAGGGCAGCUCUCUGAGCUUAGGGCAGCCGGUGCACCUUGGGCUGGUUCCAAAAAGAAAUGCCUUGCCACGGGGCACUGUUUAGAGGGAUGGAGAUGCUUUCGAAGUGCUCUGCAUAGACGUGAUCUUAACAGAUGCCAGGCUUGUUUCCCACAGCCGCUCCUUGUGCUUGGAACUACCAGAGAAAGCAGCACAAUGGUGAGAGACGCUUUGGGGAGGCCAUCCUGUGAGGGGUGCUUUUAGGAGUGUCACUUGAUUUGAGAUAAGAUUUAAAACACUCUGAGGACAAGUUCAGUUGAUGCAGCUCCAUUCUCCUAAAAGUCUAGCUAUCUCAGCUGCCGCUGUCUGGGAGCUAAAACCUACAGCCCUGCCCAGUAUCACAAGAAAGGCAGUACCAAGCUAUCAGUUGCCUGGAAUAAAGGUCAAAAUUGAGCCCUGGAAGAAGAAGUACUGUUUCUGUUCAAUGUGUGUCACCUCUGCACCGUUGUAAGGUAGAAGCAUCCCAAGUUGAAGACCUCUGUGCGUGAGUUUGCACAUGUGUUCAUGUGCUAUGUGGUGUACACCGCGGGUAGGCAAUUAGAGUCACCUGACAGCAGAGCGCAACUGAAGACAGAGGAGGAGAGGAUCACUUCUGCAAGGCCUGGGCAGGGCGGUAGGAGCAAGCACGGGCUGGUCUCCAUGCACUGCUUUCAGAUUGAUGGGUCUUUGCCCUGCUAUGUAUUUUGGUUCAUCUGUGGCUUUCUGUCUGCAUCCUGAUUAGCCACACCAGCCUGUGAGAUCUGGCCUCAUGGACAGUGUUUUUUGGCUUUCCCAUCUGUGCCAGGGAGCAGAGUUUGCCAUCCAAGGAAGGGAAUUUGCCCAAAUAAGAGAAGGCUCUCCUUUCUUCUUUUUCUAAACUCUGGAUUUCUUUCAGGCCUCCAUGACCUUUGAGAAUCAGGUUUGGUUAAAUUUCCUGACUGCCUAUUUUUAAAUGGAAUUAGAUCUUGAAUAAGGGAAUCCUGGUGCCUUGGAGGUGACUCCUCUCCUGUGCCGGUGGGCAGUUAGCUCCAGUUGUGAGUGGCUGAGUGACUUGCCUGUUGUUACCCAGCACCUGCAGACAAGAUUUCCUAAUUUCAGAGUCCCCGGCUUUGUUGGAAAUAACCCCAUGUAGCCACUUCUCAGGCCGCCACUUGCACUGCAGCCUGCAUGGUGUAGACUGGAGGUGUGCAGAGUGAAGUCCAGCACACUCCACCUCCCUGACCCCAGAACAGCUGCCCCUUCCCGGGUGGAAGGUGUCUGCUUGGGUUUGGGGCUGGAUUGGGCUGUAGCCUUUGCUUGGUUCUGUAGACACUGCCCUGAGGCUUAGUAUCAACCUUCAACAUCUGAUGGGGGAGCUGACUUGUCCACACUUAACUCCAUCGGUGUGGGUGAAAUGCCAAGACAUGGACAGUGGCCGGAGCCCAGGCUGUGGCUCCUUCUCUUAGACCAGACUCUGCUGGCUGAAGACUUUUCAGAUGGUGCUCCCUAUGUCCCAGGGACAGCAGCUGGAAAGCGUUCACAUCCUAUCUCUGUCUUGACUCACUUUUGAAUACGAAAUGUGGGACAUGCUUGCCUCCUAUGCUUAACUGAGGUGAAGUCAUUUGGUCUCUUUUUUUCCCUGAGCACUUACUCUGGGCCCCAUGCUGGGGAGGGAGCAGUGAAGUUCACUUGGCUGAAGUUCUAGGAGAAUGUCACUGCGUUUGCUGCGGAUACAAAGAAGCUCUCAUGCACCUUCUUAUUAGAGCAUUAGAGCAUGCACUUCUGUUCAGAGCUCCCCAAACACAAGAUUUGCUCUCCUUAGGUUGAGAAGAGGAGGCAUGCUGGACGGUGAGGCUUAUCUGCCUCUCUGAGCGUUUUAGAAGAAAGAUAUAUCUGUGCUCUGGGUUUAAAUAUAGCUCGGUGUUUGCUUCUGAGAUGGCGAAUAAGCAAUUGAAUAUGUAGGUCAUUGACUUAUGAGAAUGUGAGUUUGGAGUUUUCUUGCAUCUGAUUAACACUGUCUUAGAAUUGGGCCGUUGAUGCUAUGCCAAAAUUGGGUUACACAGGGUUCAGUCAGCCAUCUGGGAGGGAAACUGGUAGAAUCAGCAGAAAAUACCUUUGCCCCCUUAAGGUGUUAGGAGCAGGACUUGGUGUUGAGUCCUGUGGUUGCAGCCAGAGCAGAUGAGCUGACCUAGAGCGCCACUGUCCUAGGGGGAGAAGCGCCUGAGCCUGUGCUGCACUUGCUUCUGAGCUAGUCCCCCGGGAGGGAGUAGGGGAAAGGGCGCUGCUUAAAUCGGGGUAAAUGCCAGCCGUGUAGUUUAAUACAUUCUUGAUUCAGAACUCACUGUUUGGAAUUGCAUAUUUAAAAGGAAACUGCCAUCCCUUUUUAAAGGGUUUCAUCACCUUACAUGGUUGUGAACCGAUGAACCUGUGUCCCCAUAAAAAGACGGACAACCCACUGUGUGAACUAUAGUUUGUGGACACAUUUAUAUUGGGUUCAUAGUGGCGUAAUGCACGCAGAUUCCUGCGAGUUCCCCUAAGUUCUUAGAGGACUGCUUUGCCUUUUGAAUCAGAGAGUUGCAAAGUUCGAUAAAGAAUGGCCCUUGUGGAUAAGCACAAAGUCAAGCGACAGCGAUUGGACAGAAUUUGUGAAGGUAUCCGCCCGCAGAUCAUGAACGGCCCCCUGCACCCCCGCCCCCUGGUGGCACUGCUGGAUGGCAGAGACUGCACCGUGGAGAUGCCCAUCCUGAAGGACCUGGCUACCGUGGCCUUCUGCGAUGCACAGUCCACUCAGGAAAUCCACGAGAAGGUGUUAAACGAAGCCGUGGGCGCCAUGAUGUACCACACCAUCACCCUUACCAGGGAAGACCUGGAGAAGUUCAAGGCACUGAGAGUGAUUGUGCGCAUCGGCAGUGGCUACGACAAUGUCGACAUCAAGGCUGCCGGCGAGCUUGGGAUCGCUGUCUGCAACAUCCCAUCUGCAGCUGUGGAAGAAACGGCUGAUUCCACCACCUGCCACAUCCUCAAUCUGUACCGGCGGAACACAUGGCUCUACCAGGCUCUGCGGGAAGGCACACGGGUACAGAGCGUGGAACAGAUCAGAGAGGUGGCCUCGGGAGCAGCCCGAAUCCGUGGGGAGACACUGGGCCUCAUUGGCUUUGGUCGCACGGGGCAGGCUGUUGCUGUUCGAGCCAAGGCCUUUGGAUUCAGCGUCAUAUUUUAUGACCCCUACUUGCAAGAUGGGAUAGAGCGGUCUUUGGGUGUACAGAGGGUCUAUACCCUGCAGGACUUGCUUUAUCAGAGCGACUGUGUAUCCUUGCACUGCAAUCUCAAUGAACAUAACCACCACCUCAUCAAUGACUUUACUAUUAAGCAGAUGAGGCAAGGGGCAUUCCUCGUGAAUGCAGCCCGCGGUGGCCUGGUGGAUGAGAAAGCCUUAGCCCAGGCCCUCAAAGAGGGCAGGAUACGAGGGGCGGCCCUUGACGUGCAUGAAUCGGAGCCCUUUAGCUUUGCUCAGGGUCCACUGAAAGAUGCACCGAAUCUCAUCUGUACCCCCCACACGGCCUGGUACAGUGAGCAAGCAUCACUAGAGAUGAGGGAGGCAGCUGCCACGGAGAUCCGCCGAGCAAUCACAGGUCGCAUCCCAGAAAGCUUAAGAAACUGUGUCAACAAGGAAUUCUUUGUCACAUCCGCUCCUUGGUCAGUAAUAGACCAGCAAGCAAUUCAUCCGGAGCUCAAUGGUGCCACAUACAGGUAUCCACCAGGCAUCGUAGGCGUGGCUCCAGGAGCACUUCCUGCAGCCAUGGAAGGGAUCAUCCCCGGAGGCAUCCCGGUAACUCACAACCUCCCUACGGUGGCACACCCUUCCCAAGCUCCCUCUCCCAACCAGCCCACUAAACAUGGGGACAAUCGAGAGCACCCCAAUGAGCAAUAGCAGAGAAUGCUGAAAGGUAAUCAUUCAGAUAAUCUUGGGACCAAGACAAGAGACGUGGAAAAUUGGAUGAACUAAGAGAAAAGGAUUAUGAAAGUCUUUUUAACUGAUUCUGGACAUAUGCAUCAUUGAUGUUGCAGUGUUAAAGCUACAAAAGCUAGAAAACUGAAGGUGUCAUCUGCUUACAGAAGCGCUGAAAGACUAGGAGUGAUUUAUUAACGACCAACUUCUGUUAUUGUGUGUUAAGUUUUUCAUCUGUGCAUCAAAUCACAAAGAAUAAAUAGAGCUUUUUUCCUUUAUCAGUUCCUUGGGCACAGCAGGUCCUGAGCAACUUGCUCUAGAAUGUUGCAUCAAGAGUUCCAAACACCAAAAUAAAAAAAUAUUGAGAGGAAAUCCCCAUCUUAUGACUCUAGUCCCUUUGGUCGAUAGGGGCUCGUUACCUCUUUUUGCUAAUAGGAAGAUUAAAUUACUGCGAAAUGGGGAGAAAACUGUUUGCCUGUGUUAGACAUCUGCACGGGUAGGAUUGAAGACAGUACAGGCUCCUGUGCAGAAGUGUCUCACAUCUGAACUGCGUUCUGAGCAGGCAAGUUGGGUGUAAGUUCCGUAAUGCCCUCUGAUGAUGCAAAAAAAAAAAAAAAAAAAGAAAGAAAGAAAAAAGUAUUAAGUUUCACAAGCUGUUUGUACUCAAAUAUAUUUUCUCAGUUUCAGAUCCUCAGCUAUUUUAUUGAGUGGAAAAGUCUUGAACUGAAGGGUUCAAGAAGAAUAAUGUUGCAUUUCCUUAUGUCUCAGGAAACACUUUUUAUGGUAACUUGUCAGAUUGUCUAUGAACAAACCCACUUUUUUAGACAUUGAUAAAUUCUUUUCUUCACGUGAUAUUUUAUACAAGAACACUUCAGAUGUGUUAUUAGAUGUGACUGAUUUUAACAAAUCCUAUUAGAUUUGUAUCAACUAGUUACAUGUUCUACUCAUAGUCUUUUGUGAAUCAUUGCCUUUUUGUUUAAAAAGAUGGCCUAUUUCGAGCCUUUGUAUAGGUACAUUCCUGUUUUUGUGACAAAAGAAAAACUUUAAACUGUCCCAAACAGAAAAUAAUGGCUAUCAGAAAUAUGUUUUGUUUUAGUGUGAGUUAUCGUUACUGUAUUUGUUUAUUGUAAAGGUGGACAUUUAGCGUUCAGUGCAGUUUUCAAUAAAAAGUAAUUAAAAUUU